AUGUCUACAGCAGCACAAAUCAGCAAUGCCUCGCGCAAAAUGACUGGUAGAGAGUUCUACCAGAGCUUAGGAAGCCCAAAAAUGAUACUGGCUCCAAUGGUAGAUCGCUCAGAGUUUGUGUGUGACUGCGCGUGGCGCAUGCUCACCCGUUCUUUCGUCGGCGAGAAAUCGUCCGGCCACUUACUGGCUUACUCGCCAAUGCUGCAUGCGCGUCUAUUUAAAGAGCGUCCUGCAUACAGAAGCCAGCAUUUCGAGGCAGUCCGCGCACACCCCAGUGAGGAAAACAAUGGUGCAGAUUCUCGAUGGUUUCUGGAUGGAAACCCGCGCAUUGACCGUCCGUUAAUUGUCCAAUUUUGUGCGAAUGAGCCCGAUGAACUUCUUGAAGCUGCUAAACUUGUCCAACCCUACUGUGAUGCUGUAGAUCUAAACCUUGGGUGUCCACAAGGAAUUGCGAAAAAGGGCCGCUACGGUGCAUUCUUACAGGAAGAACCGGAUUUAAUAUAUAAACUUAUAAAUACACUACACACGGAACUGUCGAUUCCCGUAACGGCAAAAUUUCGCAUAUUGGAGACAAAGGAGAAAACGUUAGAAUACGCAAAGAUGAUCCUUUCCGCAGGCGCAAGCUUUAUUUCCGUGCAUGGGCGGCGAAGGGAACAAAAGGGACACAAUACUGGCGUUGCUGAUUGGUCGUAUAUCCGUUACUUGAGGGACAAUUUGCCCCCUGAUACUGUGAUAUUUGCGAAUGGAAACAUUUUAAACCACGAUGAUAUCCAAAAAUGUUUGGAAACCACUGGUGCCGACGGUGUCAUGAGCGCAGAGGGGAAUCUAUCAGAUCCAACAAUUUUUUCACACCCACCUCCAAUAGGAGAAAAAAUCCCUGGGUAUUGGAGAGGAAGAAAUAAUAAAGGGGGAUACAGAUUGGAUUUCAUUCUAAGAAGGUAUAUGGAUAUAAUUUAUAAGUAUGUCCUUGAAACGGCGCCGCCGAAGAGAAAACCGCUCUUUGAGACUUCCUCUGCAGCUUCCGACCACUCCACCAGUGAACUAGAAGAGAAAAUUCUGCCGCCUGAGCAAGAAGACGGGCCUCCCAGGAAAAAACAAAAGAAGAGCAAGGAUCAAAAAACGGUAUCGCCUAAUCUCUGCCCAAUGCAAGGCCAUCUGUUUCAGCUGCUCCGUCCACUUGUUUCAAAGAAGACUCAUGUUCGUGACGCACUCGCAAGGUGCAGAGCGGGAGACAUACCAGCUUUCGAGAACGUUUUGUUACUUGUAGAAGAAGCCGUCAAGGAAGGCAUACAGGAAUACAAUGCAACCCCAGAAUUGCACGAUGAAUCUGAGGAACCUCAAGAUGCAACGCUGAAUGGUUCCAAAGCAACAAUUGCGAAGUACAAGCGGCCAUGGUGGGUUUGCCAGCCGUAUAUUCGGCCGCUGCCUGAAGAAGCGAUGGAGAAAGGUGCCCUGCAACUGAAAAAGAAGGGACGAGCAGAGAUCAAUAAGGAAGCAAAAGACAACAAUCUUGAAUUGGAGGCAGAGAUUGUCACACCAAAGGACCAACUGGUCAGCGGUUGA